AUGGGUAUGGCUGUGACCACCUCUGUCCGUCGUAAGGCGCUCAAGGCUCGUGUACAGGAACUUCUUCUCGAAGGAAAGGAUAGUCCGCUCUCGCCUGAGUUGUACACCCAGUUGAAUGAGUGGGUUGAGAACUUCAGGAAUCCUUCUGUGUGCGCCGCUCUUUCCAAGUCUCUCCCGCCUCUUCUCAAGGCCGAAGCCAGUAAGGAUCCUGCUAUUCAGGAGAUUCUUGAUGUGUCCGAUUUGAUUCCUAAGAUCUCUAACUGGAUCAUCGGUGGUGAUGGUUGGGGUUAUGAUAUCGGUUAUGGUGGACUCGAUCACGUCAUUGCUUCCGGCCAGGACUUGAACGUCUUGGUUUUGGAUACUGAGUGCUACGCUAACACUGGUGGUCAGAAGUCCAAGGCUACUCCCAUCGGUGCUGUUGCCAAGUUCGCGACCAAGGGUCACGAAGUCGAGAAGAAGAAUUUGGCUGAAAUGGCUAUGGAUUAUGGCACUGUGUACGUUGCCAGUGUUUCAAUGGGUGCCAAUUACGAUCAGACCUUGAAGGCUUUCUCCGAGGCCGAGGAUUAUGAUGGUUGCUCUGUUAUCGUGGCUUACUCUCCCUGCAUUGAGCAUAAGAACCUUGAUGCUAUGACCCACACUAUGCAGCAUCAGGCGACCGUUGCUGCUUCCGGCUACUUCCCGAUCUAUCGUUAUAACCCGAUGUUGAAGAGGAUGGGCAAGAACCCCUUCGUUCUUGAUACCAAGAAGCUCACCAUGGGUGUUGAUGCUGUCCUCGACAACGAGAUGCGUUUCGGUGCCUUGAAGAAGCGUGAUGCCGAUUUGUACAAGAAAUACAGGUCUGAGCUUGAUGCUUGGGUCCGUGAACGUUACAGCAAGUACCAGAGAUGGGCUGCUUUGGGUCAGGAAGAUAUCUCUAAUGGUGUUCCGCUAACUCUUCUGUACGGCACCGAGACCGGUACUACCGAGGCCUUGGCUUAUCGUGUUGCUGAACUGGCCCGUCAGCGUGGUUACGCUGUGAAGGUCAUGGAGUGCGAUGAGAUGGACGUGAGUGAGCUCCCUGAAAACAAGAACCUUAUGGUUCUUUGCGCUACUACUGGUGAGGGUACCACUCCUAGGACUGCCCUUCACUUCACUGCGCAGUUGCAGCUUGCUGCUAAGGACAACUCCAAUGCUCAUCUGUUGGACGGUGUCCAAUACGGUGUCUUUGCUUUGGGUGACUCCAGUUAUCAUCACUUCUGCACUGCUGCCAAGAGAAUUGACGAUAUCUUCGCUCAGAUGGGCGGUCAAAGGACAGUUGCCAUUGGUCUCGGUAACGAUCAGGAUGAGGACAAGUAUGAGACUGCCUUUGAGGAUUGGAUGCCGAGUUAUUGGAAGUCUGUGAAUGCUCCUGAGCCUGUUGAUGACGGGUCCGUUCCCGACUCUCAGUUCGAGGUUCGUGAGCUUGACUCUGAUGAAGUCGUGGUUGCUCCUUAUGAGAGGAUCAUGCCUCCUCAAACUAUUCAGCUUGGUUUGAAGAAGAACGAUCGUCUUACUCCGGGAGUAAUACUCCCAGCGACUACGAGAGGGAUAUUCGUCAUUUGCGCUUCGAAUUGGAGGAUGGUCAGGAUCUUCCCUAUCUUCUUGGUGAUGUCCUCAACAUCCACCCCAUGA